CUACUAAGACAUUUUAUAACGCAUGUCAAAUUAAUAGCAAAAGUUUUGUGACAUAGAUGGCGUUCUAUUUGGUCAGAACAAAUAACACUGUCAUGAACCAUGGAACUUUAGUCAAUCUGUGGCGUGUACUCUACACAAAGAAAUAAUGUUAGCCUUGACGUCAGAUAUGUGAGGUUAACCUAUACUUGAUCAGUCAAAAUUUUAGUGUAAAAAUAUACUGUUACAAUUGAAAAAGUAUUACUCAAAAUGAAUUUGGAAAUAUAAGAUAUAAUAAUAGUUUAAAGAAAAUAUGGAUAAGGCUACCACUGCACUUCAUCUUAUUAUUGAAAGUGGAUUUCGAGUCGGUUUUUGGAUAAUAUUUUUAUGGUUAGAUAAACUGAGUCCAGUGGUAAGACAUAUCGACGAAGAUGAAUUAUGGAUGUACCGUUAUCCUUCUGUCGAUAGUUAUUUUCCUAAAAGAUAUUUAUAUAUGACAAUGGUGUGUGUCCCGAUGAUUAUUUAUAUAGGGCAUUGGUUAUUGGCUCGAAAAAAUCGUACAACAAUUCCAGAAAUAAUACAGAGUGUUUACGGUUUAACUUUAGCUUAUUGUUUGAAUGGAAUCAUCACUUGUGUGUUGAAAUUGAGCGUCGGCAGACCAAGGCCUAAUUUUUAUUUUAGAUGCUUUCCAGAAGGUUAUGGCACCGAUAUAGACAAUUGUGAUGGUGAAUAUCACGGACAAAUGGACGGAAGAAAAAGUUUUCCGAGUGCUCAUGCUUCUUUCAUUUUCACAUGCAUGAUAUACAUGAUUUUAUAUAUAAAUACUCGUUUAGAUUUGAAAAGACCACGAUUUUGUAAAGGGAUCAUUAUAUCGAUGAUGACUACGCUGUUUUUGUUCGCUUCGGUAGUAGCGGCUAGUAGAACAGCUGAUUAUCAUCAUCAUUUCUCAGAUGUGAUAUCAGGAGCUCUAAUUGGUUCCGCAAUUGCAUAUAUUGUCCAAGGUUGUUAUUCUUCGACUGACGAAAUUUUGCAAGAAAACCUAUUAAGAAUUGUUAAACCCGAUCACGAAUAAAUUACGCUCAAAUAAAUUUUUUAAACAUUUACAA